GGGUACUUCCUUUCCCUUGUCUUUGUAUUUCCAUCUAUUCAGAUACUAUCUCCAUCUUCAUUCCCUAACUUCUUCACAAUCAACAUCUUCUACUAUGGCAACACUCUCGCCCAGACAAUCCUUAGGCAGCAUAAUCUCGGCUUUAAAAGAUUAUUUCUUGCCUCCUCCCGUGGAACCAGUCGAGGUACCUGUUGCUCCUCGGAAUGCUAACCCUCUUUCGGAGCAGGAAGUUGCUCAAUUACGACGCGAACAUGCUAAAGCUAUUGAUAAAUAUUUCGAUGAAGAAUUAGACAAGAAAAAUUAUGACGAAAUUAACAACAAGAGUCGAAGUCUACAAUGGAUGCCAGAUAUUCGGCCUGAAGAUCGCUUGUGGCAGCAAACUCGUGCAUAUUAUGCCGAGCUCCUCAAAUCUGAGAGAAUAUCCGAUAUUCUUGAUGACAACUAUGAAGAAAUUCAAAAGAUUUUGAUCAAUCCUCAGGCGUGGAGUAAUGAAGUACAAGCUGUUAGAGAUGAACAAAGUAGAGAAUACUAUGAGAACAUUGGCCCAGGUGGACGCUUUGACGGAGAGCUCGACAAUCUUGCAACAAAAAUGGCAAUGGUUCACUUUGGUCUUUCUGUGGCACCAAUGACAUUGAAUAAUAUUAUGGUCAUCACUCCGGAUUGGAAAGAUGAAGAAGACGAUGAAGAAGACCCUGCGCCUUCUCCCCCUCGGACACAGAGAAUUUUCUAUUCCGAGAAGCCUCUAGAAUUUUUAGAUUCGUAUAUCGAGAGAUCCUUUGGAUACCAGAUCAUCCGACGUCCUCGAGUAAGCAUGCGAGGUGGCGCUGGGUCUAUCGAGGAAUUAGACCUUGCAGAUAGUAGCGAUGGUGACUGGGGCUCAACCGUCAUUAUGCGUGGCGGUGCGGAUCGUCGUGAUCGCGUCCCUCGACUAAGAGGGCUUUACCUUAACCUGCGGGGCCCAAGUCCCAGACAUAGGUCUCGCCGUACACAUUUGGUCCAAAAAGAAUUUCUCAAUUCAGCUCAUAGGCUUCUUGGGAUUCCAAAUGAUAGGGAUUUACACUUCGAUGUUGAUAUCUAUCGCCAGGUAGAUCCACGUAAGAUUGAUAAACCACUACAAAUUUCGUAUUCAAUAGCUUCACAUGAAGAUUUUGAAAAGAAGUGGCCAAGUAUUGAGGAGGUCAUUGGCAAAGUUGAUCACGACCAGCUCAGUAUUAUAAUUGAAGAGCGCUUUCCUGGUGAAGAUGUUCCUAUGUUCUAUGAGGAUUUAAAUCGUUUGGCAAAAGAAUUCCCAGAUGAUGAUAAAAAAACAACUCAGCAUCCAAUUUAUUCGUAUUUUGGAAAGAAAUCUACCAGACCAACAUAUCUUGGUUUCAAAGACACCGUCACAAAACUCUUGAAUAUAGAUCCGAGAUCAGAUUGGUCUUUCUUGGUUGAUAUUCACACUGAAGAUCGCAUUUUACCAGCCUUGCAUUUCAACAGAACACAAUAUAGGAACGAUUUCCUCUCCCUCAGGGAAAAAUAUCUUAUCGGUGCUACUAAGAAAACAAGCGUCUUCGUGCGUAAUAUUAGUGGAUACGCACCCUCGCAACACAAUGUCGUCGAACCACCGCAAGAUAGUCAAAUAGUCAGGUUAUACAGUCAACAAGAAAAUGCGGAGAGUUACUGGAAAGUACCCUUGAACCUCAGACCCGCAGUGCCAUACUCUCUAAAUCACUUACAGCCCUCAUUUGUAAGAGCUUUCCUUGCCAUUUACGGUCAAGAUCGUCCCUCACGCAAUCCACGACUUUCCACCACACAAGAAGGAGUUAGCGAACAUGCUCUUAAUUUUGGCGGUAUGGAAGUAACCCCUCAAACUUGGGAGUGGGUUAUUGAACGAGUAAUACAACAGAAAAAUCUUCCAAAACCUGUUGCAGAACCUGAUGAUGAUCCCGAUGCUGUACCUGAUGUUGAUUUGUCGUGUCAACUCACUAUAACAAUUCCACCUCAUUCCGACAUGAGAAAAAAGCCCGAGGAUACAAUAUACCUCCAUCUAAUUGGCGAUGACUUCCAGAGGGAUGUUGCAUUUGAACGAAAUGAGUAUCAACAUAUUUACAGUUUUAUUUCAGAACGAUUGAGAAAGGUUCAUCGACAUAGCCAGAAUUCAAGAUUUCCGCACGGUAGUCUUGUCGCCAUGUGGUUCAGCGCUAUAGAACGUGAAGAAAAUCUAGCGCCUGUCAUUAUGGAAAUUAAUGAAGAUUUGCCAGAUGCUGAUAAGGGCGAAAUGAUUAGAAACGCUUUCCUCGGCCGCGUACAAACUUUUUCAAAUAUUUGGUUCCGUCCGGAGUAUCAAGUUUUCACGCUUCACGAUAUUGCCGAAGGUGAACGUAUCUGGCAGUGGGAUACUACGGACGAACAACACAACACCUCCCUGGAGAACUUCAGGGCAAAUAUGAAAGAAAUGUAUGAUGACUGGGAUGAUGCUCUUGACUCGAAUUUUGUUUUACUCCAAACAAAGACGAAUCGUUCAUUUGCAGUGGAUCGAAGAACCACGGAGAACUACUGGAGGAAAUACAUAUUUGACUGGCUCACAGAAACCGAAAUAUUCAUUGGGCGAAGAGAAACUAGACCUUUUAUACAACCUGAUACAAUUCCUUGGGGCUAUAGACAUACUCGUCAAAUCCCACCUCCUCCUCCAGUGGAUCUUAACCCAGUUCCUGUGGCGCCUGUUGUUGAAGCAACACAGCAGCCUCGUAUCAACAAGACACGACUCAUUGCACCCGUCGCUGAAAAAGCCAUCACUCCAAAAUGGGAAACUUGGAUGACAGAUCAACAUCGUAAAGAUUCAUUACAGCGUCGUUCCUAUAUCCAAGACCAAUCUGUCAUUGAGCCGGGCCUUGAUCCUUCACCACCAACAUUUGGGCCUAGUAAAGAAUUGUCAUUAGGAGUUUCUCUUUCAACUCCUACAAUUUAUACACAACGACUAACCCCUACUGAUAUCUUAAGCCUAGUAGAUGAAAAUCAGAAGCUAAGGAAUGGCUUGUUAGAUCGAUCUCACAACUGCCUCAUCUGCUCUGUGACCAUGGCGGGCUAUGAGCAUGCUGAAAUACAACGACAUUAUGGGCAGCAUCUAGUCCAACUCCAAAAAGAGGGACAAUGUCCUCUCUGUGAGAGAGAGUCAUGGUCAAUCAUGACCAUGGAGCAAAAGAAAGAGCAUCUUGAAACUCAUCAAGUAGAAACGGACACCGAAAUGAUUCGAAAUUUCUGGAAUGGUAUUGAAUGUCCUGUAUGCGAUGCCAAACUGAGUGGUUUUACAGCGGAACAAGUUCUUCGCCAUAUGGCAGACCAUAUCCCAGGAAUCGUCGAAUUCUGUGAUAAAUGCGGGCUUCGCACCGCUAUCUGCACUCAUGCCGAACUAGUUCAUCACAGAUACGUAUGCCUUGAUCAGCCAGAUCGUGGCCCACUUGAUCUAGCACCUUUAUUCUGCGGCGAUUGUGGUCAGAAUCGUACCGCAGAGAAUGAAGGAGAACGGGGUCGGCACGUCAUAAAUUGUACCGCUAAGAGUCGACGUGUUCAAGAUAAGAAGUUCUGUACCAAAUGUGGCAUUGAUAAGAGUGCAUGGAGCAACGAUGAAAUCACCACCCAUGACGAACAUUGCACAUCUCCACAAGGUUUAUCAAAGGCCUUUUGCUUGAGAUGUGGCACAAGGUUGCUUGGUGCCAGUGAAGCUCAAUUGGAUGACCAUAGAGUAUACUGUUCUGUUAGAACAAAAGAGCCGGAGAAUUUGAGACAGCGAGUUGAAGAACUUCAGGCCCGAACUGCAACACUCAAUCGCAUUGCGGCCAAGAACGCAGCCACGCUCUCCUGGAUCACCCAGCGAGAAAACGAACUCGUCGAAAGCGAAAGAGCUUUAGCCGAACGAGAGUCCAUGCGUCCUAUGGGGGAAAGACGAUCGUACGCUGAAGAUACAAGUAGCCUUGGACUAUGUCCCUGGUCUCGCACAGGUUGCCAAUUUUAUACGAUUGGCAAGACGCGCAAAGAAAUAUUUACACACAUGGCUACACAUUCAAUUACCGAUCAACACAAAAAUCUCUCAUUUACUUGUCCAUUCCCUGGCUGUAGCAAGCAAAUCGCUGUAUCCGGCUCAGAUUCUGAUGACAAUCUUCUCGUUGUUGACCAUUAUCGUCACCGCAACUAUCAAGGUAUUGCGGAUGUACAUAGCGUGUCUGGGGGCAGAGAUCCAAACGAACUCAAAGAUUUGUUAGACCAUUUCCAAAAGGCCAACGCAAUGAAUGCCCGUACCCGCCAGCGAAAUAUUACACCACUUCCUGAGGCAGGCCAGGGACCAGGAGCGGGAGGAUUUGCUGGUGGAUUAGGAGGUGGAGGGGGACGAAAAUUCCAGUACCCCGACUCCAACCGCCUUAACACAGGUUACGCGUAUAACCACACAUGGCUACAUCCCGACGACGAAUUACAACCCAGUAUCGAAGCCGAUAAUGUAGACUACGGAGAGAACGAGAAUCUUUUCCGCGCCGGCGAUUACGAGCCUCCAUCUGAUGUCGAAACCGACGCCGGAAUUGGGAUCAAAAUCUCGCAGCCAACACCCAUCAGACGACAUCGAUCCUUUGCAGCUCCGGUAGACUCAUUCGAUAUACCAUACUCCAAAUACAAACCCAAAUCGAUUAGUCAACCACCUGCACUUCCAUACACCCCCAGCAAACGUAAAGCAUACGCCGCACUCCCAGAAGAGGACUUAUAUCCAUCCUCUCAUCGUAAGACGCGUCAACGCACGGCGAUUCAGAGUCUAAGUCCCGAGAUUGAAGCCGAACCCGUGCGAAGAUCGAGUGGACAAAUCCGAGGACGAAAAGCAAUGCAUGGUGUGGAUCUAGACGAAAACGAAAGAGUAGGAAGAGGAGUAAAGCCCCAGGAUUGGAAAAACUUAAUGAAGACGUAUGAAGCCGAGACGUCGCAUAUACAUCAGUAUGAAUCAAGUGAUUAUGAUAGUCCAGAGCAGGAAGCACGAGUAAACGAGGAAGACUCGGGCGAAAAUGAGAGUUCGGAACAAGUUGCAUCGACAACUAACUCAAAUUCGAGUCCGAGUCCGAGACCAGCUCGCAGGUUGACGAGAGCGAGCGCUAGGUUGAGCAGAUAAAAGUACGCCCGGAAGUCGAGGUUUUUGGUUGGAAUGAAAUUGUGAUUAAUGAUUACACGCGCGGGGGUUUGACUUUUUGUUCCGAGAAUUUCGAGUUUUAUUUGGUUUCUUUCUUUUAUUUUAUUUUCUUUUCUUAUAGUCGUUCACGUUUGUCUUGUUCCUCUCUCUUUCUUUCUCUUUUGUCUUCUAUUAUCUGUAUCUGUGUUUUGUGUAUUAUGCCAUGUCACCUUGAGCUGAUUGGAUAUAUGAUAUGAAAGGAUAGGAAUAAUAAGUACCAUGCAUGACAUAUUCUAUAUAACCUUGCCAGUAUCGUAUCAGAAUCCCAGAUUGAUGAGUGAGCGAGUCUAUAAUCGAGAGUCGAAUAGGCA